UACUCAAUUUUAAAAAAAAUCUUAGGUCUGAUCAGAAUAAUUAAAUAUUGAAUGUCAUAGCUUAAAAAUAUAAUUUUGUAUUUACAUGUGGGCAGGAUUUCUGGUUAGUUCAUCUAAAGGUUUCUGUCAAAUGUUAAAUACAAUUAUAUUAAUGAAAUGUGGGCACACUCCAUUCAAAUAUGAAACACAGAUUGACUAAGUAUUUGCAGAAGCAUCAAGAUAUGGGCCAGUAUUGCUUAUAUCUACUGCCUCAUUAUUCAGAACUACCCACUCCCCCCAGUUCAUGCACAAAAUUAUCAUUAAUGUCAACAGUAGUUGUGCGUGCAAACACAGGACAUUCUGGAGCUCUGUUAGUGAUGGUGAAAUGUCCUUACUUAACAAAGUAAUAAAAUAAAUGUAUCUAGUACAAUGGGAUCCUGGUCCAUGGUUGGCGCUCCUGGGUGCUACCACAAUACAAAAUAUAGAAUAAGAAUAAGCUUUACACUUUGUGUGCACUUUCAUACUAGUGGAGCAGAAUGAGGAAUAUUGUACUGGUCAUGCAAUAUGUAAAGCCAAAUGGAUCCUGCAGCUAUAUGCACAAGUAAAUUGCUUUGAAGUCAAUGAGAGUCUGGAGUAUGAAAUGACUGCAAGGGUAGGUGUGGGAAAAGAAAAGACUUUGGUUUGCUUUGCUAUCAAGCUGGCAUGUUUAAGGGCCACUAAAUUAAUUUUAAACCCAAAAAACAAUGCAUUUGUAUUCUUUAAUUAUUACAAUCUGCUCUUUCUUUUCAUUUUCUCAGACUCCUCUCCUUACUAGCAGCAAUCACAACUGAUUUUGUCUAGUUAACUGAUAAUAUUGUUUACAAUUCUAGGGCCUUUUUCCUAAUAGUUCCUUAGCCUUACAGUUAUCAGAGAGCAGGAUCUUACUAUGAGAUGGAAGAAUAGCACCCUCAAGAGUUGACAGCAGUGCUGUUCCAGAGAUGAAGUGAGCUGUAGCUCAUGAAAGCUUAUGCUCAAAUAAAUUUGUUAGUCUCUAAGGUGCCACAGGUACUCCUUUUCUUUUAGUGAUGCAAUAGGCAUCCUUCCUCUUUUGGGCUGAAUUCAUUAACUCCUUAACAUAUUUAGCUGAGACCAAUAGGUCUGGGGACUGAAAUCCUCUCUUCCAAAUGCGCUGCUAUCCGUCCACAAGUUUGGAAGUGAAAAUAUGUAUUUAUAUCAUCUAGAGAGGUUAUCAGUUGCUAGGUUUUCUAGUUUAUUAGUUUUCAAUUUCUUAGAAAAGUGAGGGACAAAAAAGCAGAACACAAUAAGAACAAUCUUAUUUGUGUAAGGCUGGUGACCGAGUUUGCCUUAUAUUAAAGUCCAUUUAAAAUGUAACUAGAUCUAAGGAGAAACAUGCUAGGCAAACCAGUCAACAUGCCUAAUUGUAGGGACUUGUUUGGUCGCUUGUUUGGGUGAUAAUGAUGGUAGUUAAGAAUAGAAUAGAAUAUGAUCCCAAACUUUCAGCCUUUACUUUGAAUUUCUUUUAAGUUGUGGGUUCAGAUCAAAACUUCAGAAUUGUUAUAAAAUAUUAAUAUGUUUUAAGGGCACUAGUAAAUCCAACUGUUGUUGGAUUGCAAACAUUUUGGUUACACUUGUAUGAUGCACAGUACAACAAUGACCAUCCAUUUUAAAUAGUUAGAGCCUAUUGCUGUUGACUUCAAUGAAGGAUAAGGCCCUUAAAAACCUUGAGGUAUAAAUUAAUCAUCAACUGGUAGUCAGAGAGAGAUUUCCUCCCAAGGGGCAAAAUCCUGGACUCAGACAAAUAGUCUCUUUGUUGUGAAUGGGGUUACUUGUAUAAAGCAAGCAGGAAUUAGACACACAUUAUAGUAAUGAAUAAUUAGGUGCAGUAUGGAGGUUUUAUAAUUUCAUCUGAGGUAUCCAGACCUGGUUUCUGUGAGAGAUUAGAGGACUCAUUCUGCAUUUGCCUUUCAGAAUUCCCAUUAAAAGCCCAUAGACUUUUGGUUGUGCAAGAACUGCUAGAUCGCAUUCCACAUGGAUCACUGGCUCAUUCCACUCAUGGCAACAUUUAUAUCAAUCCUGGUAAUCUUUAGGAAGAAUUAUUUGUGUAUCCAGAAAAAUCCAAGAUGAACUUUACAUUAUUUUUUUUAAUUUUAUAUUGAAAAUGGAGAUGUACAUUUCUAAAUCUGCACAUGAGCCUCUUCCCCUGCUGUAAUUACUGAAUCCAUUCUCCAGUCGGAGACUCUAGUACAACUGAGCCCUUAGAACACAGUGUUCUUACUCUUUCUAAUCACACAAGAUAGAAUAUUUAUUUAGAUUCACAAUAUAUAACAUAUCCCAUAUAAGAACAGUGUGAAUCUCACAUUCCAACUUUAUUUUCCCUUCAAAACAGUCACUGUCAGAUAGUAUUAGUGGCAUAAAAUUCAGCUCCUUUUUGAGCCAGCAACUACCCACAAUUUUAGGGCUUUAUCCUACAUCCCCUCUUACUCAUGAGAGGAAUCCCAGUGAAGUUAACAGAAUUACUAAGGGAGUAAGGCCUAUUAUAGUGAAUAAGAGUUUGCAAAACCAGAUUCUUACUGAAAACUUAAAAAAAAAAGAAAGUCAAAUUUUUUCUCCUAGAUAGUUUGGCAAGGAGUUUCUGGUUUCUUAGUUGGGACCAGGGAAUUAAGCAGGGGGAAUACAAUCUAGUCCUUAUAGUACAAGUACUUUACACAUAUUUAUGGAACAGGAAAACAAACUUUUUCAACCCCCUUCCAUUUUCACAUCUGUCUGGGCAGCAUCCCUUAGCCCUUUUAGACCUAGACCUGCUCCCAUCGACUCCAAUGGCCCUUAUGUUUGUUUCAUCAAGGCACAUUUCCAAGGUGUCUGCUGGAAGUGCGGGAUCUAUACAGGAUAGAUAGCAGAACCACACAGCCCCAGGGGAACCCUAUGUGGACACACGCUGUCUUGCACCAGAAGGAAAUAAUGUACAUCUUCGCUUCUCCCAAGCCGAGGUCUGACUCUCCUAUUAUGGCUUUGCCAGGGAGGAGCUAUUGUAAGGACAUACUGUUCUGGGCACGAAGAGAAGUCACGCUGGCUGGGAAAUGCCUGUCCUCUCUCAAAGCCCCCGGUCGGGACAGUCUCAAGGAAAUACAGCCAAGGGACAAGCACACAGCCGGGCCCAGCCACGCUCCACGGUUACUGGCCGCCCCAGAGCCCCCUAGGGCGCGAGGUGCAGCCCAGGGGGGCUGCGGGUUUAUCGGAGGCGAGCGCUGGCAGCUGGGUCACGCGCGGUGCGGAGCUAGAUUGGUGUGUUUGCAUUUCGGAACUCGGUCAGUCCAGUGAUCUCUGGGGUCCAGAUUGUUACAAUAGGGCCCGUGCAUUUAUCGCCGACUUUCUAUUGCGAAAGUAAUGCGGGCCGUGCCACCCCGCCCCCCGGCACGGGGCAGCGAUCGCUCGCAGGGUUGGCAAAGUUAAGGAGCAGAGACAUUCCCAUUUCGUUUAGCCAGAGGCUGAUGGAGCCGCUGGUUACACUAGCAAGACAGGAAUGUGUUGGAGAGACCACCCAUAAUAUCACUGCUGGGGCGACCCUGGGUGUAAGUGCCGGGAAACAAUCCGCACAGUUACAAAAAGAAACUAGAGGGAGAGGCGCAGGGAGUACUGCAUAAACUGCCGCUGGCUUUGGAGCGGGGCCUGUCUGGUUGGUUUGUGGCCUUUCUGCUUUUCCACCCAAACUCUCCCGGCCCAGUAUAAAUGUGACAGCUAAUCAAUGUCCCCGUGCACUGAAGCCGAGCGAAUGGCUGCUGUCUGGCUUUGGCGAUGUUAUCAGGCGUGAGACGCAGCUAUGUCACACACAGAACUUUGUACGUUGUAAAGAUAACAUUGACCACAGAGGCCUCAUUGCAACCCACCUGGAAAACUCAGCCGCUUUAAUCCCUCAUAAACCUUUGCCUCCAGGUAUCCCGAGGGGUCUCCUUACCCCGAGGUCUACCAGGGGAGCUUUUUAUGUGCAUUGUAUUAAAAUAAAUCCGCUCCGAGCGGACUCCCCUUUGCCAGCUGCAGUCUGCAGAGAGAAGUGGAAUUUCACCCCCGUCCCUGAGGGCUCCGCCUCUAUCCAGCCCGAUAAGAGGCGACUGCUGGGGCUUCACGGCUGGGUCCUAGUGCCCGCGCGGCUGGUUUUGGGCUUAACGUCAGGCGGUCUCACUUGUCUGACUCCCACUAGGCUCUGUGAGAAGUGCCUGUGUGCGGAUUAGGUAUUGACAGGGCCGGGUUUGAAUCCGGAAUCCGCAGCUGAACGAAUACUAAGGCGGGUUUCUCACCUGGAAACCACAGUGCCGAGAACUUCUUCAAACUCGGCUGCUCGCUCCUGGAACUGCCAGCGCGGGACCGGAACAACGUGGUGUUUAAACCAGCCUUUGAUACUUUCGGCGAACACGAUCCCGCUAAUAUUCCCAGCUCGUGUUUGUAAAACGGGGGGAUCGUAGAAGUGGAGGCUUUCCUCUGUAGCGCCCCUGGACUUAACAGGUCGAAUUUGUUAGCAAGGACCCACAAUUUAAGUGGAUGAUGGAAAUGUGCUGAUUUAUUUUAGCCAAAUUUCUUCUUUCACUCCUGUGCUGAGGAGUGGAAGGAAGGACUUAAAGCACCUUGGGCUGCCACACACGUUUCACAGGGCUUCUUAUCAGUGUCCCCAGGUGCGUAACUUUUCCAGCAAGUUUAAACCCAGAGUUCUGCUAUCUGGUUCAAGCCUUUGAAGCUAUGGGGUGGGGGCGGGGGGACGUUACAAUGGUACAUUCUGCAGACUGCAAACUCCAAGUUCUCUAGCCUCGCAGUUCCAGGGGAGACAACAACGCCUUGCCCCUGGAAAGGGUAUUUAAAGGAGGGAUUCUUUACGAGUGGUUUCCCAGGGAGGUGCAGAUACGCGCUAGCUGCUGGACCCUGAGCUUUGCUUAUCUUCUUGCUAGGGGUGGCUUGUAAUAUAACUGAGGCAGUCUGGGACGUGUAACACAGGCACUAAGACCCAGCAGCGUUGGCAGCUGCCUUGUGGUCAAAGGUUCCCAGCAGGAGGUUGGACACUAGAGGGCGAUCCCCAGCCCUUGUGGGAGUGUAUAUAUACAGCAGGCAUAAGACCAAGUCAAGCCAUUAGUAAUUGAAAGUUAAGAGCAAGGAAGAGCAAUUCGGACACGCUGGUGGGAGGGGAUCGCCGAGAGCAGGGUAAGCAGUGGCACAAGCUGGUUAAAGUGAGAGGGGAAGUCGGGGCGGCUGACGCUCAAGAUCCGCCGGCAGAGGCGCAGGGGGGUGUUCGGUCCCCGGGCUCGGAGAGCUGCACUCAGCCGCCUGGGUCCCCUUCGCCAGCGCGAAUCCUGGAUUCCAGGAGCCCUUCACCAUGCCUGGCAGAGUUUAGAUACUCCAUGGAGCAAGCCAACUUCUACGAGGUCGAUUCCCGGCCGCCGAUGAGCAGCAGCCACCUCCAGACUCCGCAGCCCGGCAGCGCCUACAGCUACAGAGAGGCUCCCUCGGCGGCUGCACCUGCUGCGGGAGGCGCGGAGCUGAGCGACAUCUGCGAGAACGAGAACUCCAUCGACAUCAGCGCCUACAUCGACCCGGCCGCCUUCAACGACGAGUUCCUGGCCGACCUCUUCCAGCACAGCAAGCAGCAGGAGAAAGCCAAGGCCAUCCUGGCCGGGGAUUUCGACUUCCACAGCAUGCACGGGGCCAGCGCCGCCGCCUUGGGGCAGGGGCACCCGCCGCCGCCGCCGCCGCACCACCCCCAGCAGCUCUUCGGCUGUAUGGCCGGAUACACGGACAGCAAGCUGGACCCCCUGUACGAGCGCAUCGCCGCCCCCGGCUUGCGGCCCCUGGUGAUUAAACAGGAGCCCAGGGAGGAGGCGGAGGGCAAGCAGGCGGCUCUGGCUGCCCUCUACCCCCAGCAGCAGCAGCCCCCGUCCCAUCUCCAGUACCAGAUCGCCCACUGCGCGCAGACCACCAUGCACCUCCAGCCGGGGCACCCCACUCCGCCUCCCACCCCGGUGCCCAGCCCGCACCACCCGCACCACCCGAGCAGCCUGCCCGCCGCCGGCGCCCUCAAGCUGAUGUCCGCGGAUCAUCGGGGCAAGUCGAAAAAGUCCGUGGACAAGAGCAGCAGCGAGUACCGGGUGCGCCGGGAGCGCAACAACAUCGCGGUGCGCAAGAGCCGGGACAAGGCCAAGCAGCGCAACGCGGAGACGCAGCAGAAGGUGAUGGAGCUCACCAGUGACAAUGACCGGCUGCGCAAGCGGGUGGAGCAGCUCACCAGGGAGCUGGAGACACUCAGGGGCAUCUUCAGACAGCUGCCUGAGAGCUCCUUGGUCAAGGCCAUGGGCAACUGCGCGUGAGGCACCCCGGCCCCACCUCCCGCCCCGCUCCAAACAAACUCGGACUUUUGCAAACUCUUGGUGCCAUAUUCAGAUCCCCGCCGGGGUCGAGAGCUGCGGUUCAGCUUGUCUCAUGGGGUGGGUUUGGUUUUUAAUUAUUGACAGAUAAAAGAAUCCAGGCAGCUGUAGUAUUAAACGGUCCGUGCCUUAGGAACGACACGAAUAAGCUGAAAAGAAAAAGAAAACGCCCACGUGUCUACGGGGUAAAGACAACCCACGCUGUGCCUUAAAAGUUGGUUGCAAAAGCUCUGUGGGCUUUCUGUUCACAUCAGCCUGACAGCUGAGCAAACGGGUAGGGGUCCUGUGCUCUGGGUGGGGUUGGGGCAUAAUUGGUACUGGCUGGGGAAACGUGUGUGUCUUCCUCCCUAGGGGGGUCUGAGUGGUGAGGGUCGCAGGAGGCUCUGACAGAAAGAAAAGUGGGUGAGACAUGACAAGCAACAUGGGGAGAAUGUAUCUGCCUGUUGUUUAGCUCGUUGAUCAGUAGGUGAGUGAAAGCUGAGUGCAAUCCAGACUCUGUCCCUGUCAGUAAAAAGAACAGGAGGACUUGUGGCACCUUAGAGACUAGCACGUUUAUUAGAGCAUAAGCUUUCCUGGGCUACAGCCCACUUCAUCGGAUGCAUAGAAUGGAACAUACAGUAAGAUAUAGAGAUACAUACAGAGAAGGUGGAAGUUGCCCUACAAACUGUAAGCGGCGAAUUAAGAUGAGCUAUUUUCAGCGGGAGAAAAAAACUUUUGUAGUGAUAAUCCAGAUGACCCAUUUAGACGGUUGACAAGAAGGUGUUAGUCUCUCAGGUGGCACAAGUCCUCCUGUUCUUUUUGCGGAUACAGACUAACAGGGCUGCUACUCUGAAACCUGUCCCUGUCAGUGCUGCGGCCUUUCGGGUGAAUCUCCCAUUCUUUUGUAUGUGGGGGAAGGUUUGGUGGACGCUGGGGGCCGUGCAAGCAGAUUGUCGUGUCCCGUCCCCCCCCCCUUGUUAGAGGAGACCUGUUGGACAGGAAUCCAGGACUGAAAGGGAAAAGCACCUAGCGAAGGAGUCUUGAAUAUUCUCCUUUAACCAAAACGAAGAGCAGCAAUGCCUGUACUGUAUGUCGUGACACGGCGAAGCACAAAACAAUAAAUACCUAUCGAUGCGGGUAUUUACUACGAACUUUCCAUGUAUUUUACUUUGUUCGAGGAUAUUAAGCCCCUCUCCAAGUCUGUCUCUUCUGUCCAAGCUGUGCCUCAUGUAAGGUGAUACCCUUCUGUGUAUACUAGCCACACUUUAUUUUAUUGUAUUGCUUAGAUCCUUGCCAUCACCACUGUCUUCUCUGGUGGCAGAGAGAUCAUGCCCUUGUGCUGCAGCAUUUUUGGUUAUGGCUUCUUUAGGGGGCAGGAUGCCUCCUAAUAACCCAAAGUCUCCCCCUCCGGGGUGUCUGGGAUUUGAUUACCUUGGGAGUGGGGGCUAGGACACAUCCAGUGUCUCUGGGAUUUCAUUCCCUUUGGGGUCGGGGGAAAGACGGUGCUGCUAGUUAACUGCAGCCCCCUGGACUUUGCAUCCUCCCAAGGGAGAGGGAAACAACAAACACGCCCCCUGCUAGCGAGCACUUUUAACCAGCCAGUGCUUUUCCUUAUAACAUGAGAGAGA